GCGCAUCUUCACCGACCACGGUCGCAUUCAAGUGCAGUAAACUACUAGAAAAGUGUUGCACGGAGCAAGCGCAUGCAAAGUUACCUUCGCUGCUAUUUGCUUGUGCGUGUUUUCUCCGGCUUUCACCUGUGUGGACGCCGACAAACGAGAAGACCAAAUACCUCAUAGAUCGAUUGAAUUCGCUUAUUGUCUUGUGGAUUCAAAAAUGCCGCCAAAGAAGAAGGAGAAGAGAGACGGCGGUGAGGGGGGUGAUGGCCGCACGAACUCGCUCGUCAAGCGCGUUCGCGAGUCCCGUCGCGCCGACUUUUCCUCUGGCGCGCUGCACCGCGAGUUCGAAGCGCACGUGACAGCCGCACAGGACUUCUUCUUGAAGGGCGACGCCUCUGCGGCGGAGCAGGCGGCAACGCUGGCGCUGCGCAUUCGUCCGACGGCGCACCUGUUUGCGCUGCUCGCCGUUAUUGCCGAGUCGAAAGGCAAGUUUGACCGCGCCAACGACUUCCGUCUCUUGCAAGCCUUUUUGGCGCGCGACAUUGUUCUGUGGGAGGAGCUGCUGCACGAAUUCAUGUCCCAGCAGCGUUAUUUUAAGUCUGUGGUGUGCCUCCAACGCAUGUCCGCUCUCGAAAAGGAUAAGACACGCUAUCGUGCUUUGCAGCUGCAGUUGGCGGAUCUACUGAUCGGCCUGGGCGAGGUGCGACGUGCCUCGAACGUUCUGGUGCCGCUUUGGAACAGCAGCCGGUGCCGUGACUUUGAAGUCUUCGCUUUGCUCUCCUCGCUGUACUUCCAACUGGGGAAAUGGACGUCCCUACAGCGGCUGGUCGAGAGCAGCGUCAAGUACGCUUUUCAACCCCCUCCCAACCCAGCAACUGCGGAGGCACCACUUACCACACAGGACAGCAUCGAGGCUCCGAACAUGGCGACCAACCAAGGGGACGACGAGCUUCUGGGCGCCGACUCGCCAUCGUCGUCGUCGCCGCAGCAGCCGACGUCUGGUCAGCGUGUGUCGAAGCGGGUGCGUUUCUUUGGCGGAGAGGAGGAUGGCGAAGACAACGCCACACAAGAAAAGACCGCGUCUCCACCUCCUCUUUUCUCGCCAGCGGCCACCUCGCUCGACGAGUUCAGCUUCGACGACGUGCUCACCUCCUCUUCUCCGGCCUCCCCCGCGUCUCCUACGACAUUCGGCACGGGUGUCGGUGACAGCAGUGGCGGCACGUCCAGCCAAGCGGGGCCACGGCCAGGCGGCGUCAUUCAUCAACUGUACGGCGAGCGCAUUGAGCUCCCGACGGAGCAGAGUAAGAAGAAUUUACUCACCCUGGUCAACGUGCAUGCGGAGCUGCUGAAUGAGCAGGGCAGCUUCAGCGACACGGUGCAGCUCCUAAACAUGGCCGCCGGGUGCUUGGAGGUGGAUGUGAUGGAGUUGCCGCCGGAUCUGCUGGUCCGCCUUGGCGUUGCUUACGCCUUUCUUGGCGGCGUAUGGGAGCAGCCGUGCCGUGACGUGUUCCAGCAUCUCGUUGAGACCUGUUCCAUGGAGGACUACGGUGACGUGCUGCUCGACGCCGCCGUGUCGUUGCAGAAGGUCAGCAUGCAUGCUGAAGCAGCACAGCUGUACACUUCCCUCUCUCGCUAUCACCAAUUUGCGUACAGUCGCCUGCACCAGCAAGUCGGGGUGCGUGAGAUGGAGCUGGCGCUCAUGCAGGACACCGCAUCGGUGGGGCAGGUGCAGGCGACCACCGAGGCCCUCGACGUGCUGCGAGCGGAGGAGGGCGACGUCAAGACGGUGCUCGCCGCAGCCUACCUCGGAGAGGCGCAAUGCGCCUACGCGCGAGAGAUGUACGACGAGGCGAAGCUCUACGCAGAGCGCGUGCUGGAGCUGGAGCCAACCCACCUGCAGGCGCGCAUGCUGCUCGGCCGGUAUUUCUUCUACCAACGCAACGACACCGCCGCCGCCGUGGGGGUGCUCUCGUUGCGGGAGAACGAGCCGGCUCUGCAGCGCAUCCAGCUCGGUGCGUUUCUUGUCCAGGUCUUCCAGAGCGCGAAGCGCUACGUGGAGGCCAUCGCGCUGGGCGUUUCCAUUUUUGAGGUGCUGCUGUCCAGUGAGGAGGACGGCGACACGCAGUCCGUCGCACCAGGGACGUCGUCGCGGCGCUCCUCCGCGGCGCUCUACCUGCCCACCAUGACACGUGCAAGCUCCGCCAUUAUCCCGGCGUCCAGCCUGGCUGGUAUGGUGAAGGGCGCGGCCGGCAGCAGCGUCGCGGCCCGCACCUCCUUCUCGUUGGCUGCUUCGAUUCGAGCGUCGUCGUCGGUGGCGCGGCAGCAGCUGUCCCGCCGCGGGUUGGAGUCGCUGACGACGACCGUCUACGGCGCCUCCGCUGCCGCCUCGGUUGCCGCGGGAUGGGACAAGAAGGAGGCGGAGGAGCGCAUGAAGGACACGUCGACCAUCUUUCAGUUCAACCGGCGCCGGCCGCGAAAGGUGAAGGCGACGGCCGACACAAACGCGACGGACGCAGCGCCCGCCGCGGCAGAGGAAGAAGGUGACACGGUUGACGGAGAGAAGCCGGAGUCUGUGACAGGGCCGAAAACGGCUGAGGAGCGACGGGAGGCGAUUCUUCACAUGGCUCCCGCAGCCUUCUGGACAACAGAAGACAAGGCGAAGGUCGAGGACGAAGCGGUGGAGGCAGUGAAAGCAGAACCGGCCGAAGUGAACGAGGGAGACAACGAGCAACCUGUGUCCCCCUUUCCUCCGGAGGCGACCAGACAUGUCCGUGCGGGUGAGGACGGAGCUUCCGCCACCGAAGUUCCCAAGUCCACCCGUGCUGCCGGGAGGAGCACGCGGAAGAGGACCAGGAAGGAGGAUGGCGACGGCGGCGGCCACGCGGUCCCAUCCAGCUACACCACUCUGAACGAGAAGGAAAGGGACAUGGAAGAGCUAGAAGGGUUUUUGACGCAGGCAGAACAGAUCGCAGCGGACUCUGAGAGGAGGAACGACGAUGAAGAAGGCAAAGGCGAUGCCAGCAACAGCACGACAGCGAACGAGGAGAACGCGUUGACGGACACGGCACCAGACUCCUUCGAGCUGCCGUCGCUCGAAGAGGUGAGUAAGCAGUUCGACGACCCCGCCAUGGCGCAGCUCUUUCUGGAAGCCUCCAGCUUCGCCCCAGGCGGCGGGGUGCUCGGCGCGGAAGGCAAGGAGGACGCAAGCGAGCCGUGGGAGGCCCUGGCGGAGGCGACCAACAACGUCAACGGUGGGACCGGGCUGGGGGACAAAGUCACCCUCCAGGAAGCCAUGGAGGUUUUGGGCAAGGCUGGCUUCAUCGCUCUCGCCGUCGCCGUGGUGGACUGCUACAGCGCCGUGGGCAAGUUCACGGAGGCGCGCGAGUUCGCCUUCGUCGCCCUCACACACUUUCAGCAAAGGCGGCGUCUGCGGCAGCUCGGGCACCGACUCGGGCGACCGCUUCGCCUCGCCCUGCUGCGCGCUGCCCUUGCUGCCGGAGAGGGCGAAGAUGCCUACCGGGUUGGCUUACGACUGCUGCAGGAGGACACGGCGGAGGAGCGGCGGCGUGCGGUGGUGGAGAUGAUGCACGGCGUGCUCAAUCGCUGCGAGGACCGCAGCUCCAUCUUGUACCGGGCCGUCGCGGACGGCUACGGCGACCCGGCUCUGCUCGUGCUGCUGGCGAACAGGUACCACCAAACCCGCAGCUACACCCGAGUGCUGAACUUGUACCUGGUGGCGCUGCAGGAGCGACCGUCGGAUGUCUUUCUCAAUUUCAUGGUGGGUGUGUCUUACUUGUUCUGCAGUCAUCAAAAGCGCACCCGGCUGCGUGAGGCGUGUGUGUCGGCGGCGAUUUACUACCUCACUCGGUAUCAGCAGUUGCGGCUCUCCGUGGAGCCGUCGAGUGCGGCCGGGGAGGUGCUCUACAACGUCGCCCGCGCGCUGCAGUUCCUCAAGCUGUACUACCUGUGCAUCCCCCUCUACGAACGAGUUGCUUAUGAUCUGUGCGUGCCGGCAGAGUGCACGGUUGCCCUGCAGCGGGCCGCGCGACUCAACUUAUACUUUUUGUACCGCUGGGGUGCUGGAAACCGCACUCUGGCGUUGACAGCGCUGCAGCCCCGUAGCAGUACCGCCGACCGUGUCGCUGGUAGACGGGCGCCUAGCCCAUUUGCUUAUUAA